AUGAUUGAUCAGGGUAGUGGGACUAAAGCUAUCCAAAAUUAUCCUCACCCGCCAGUAAAACCUCAAUAUGCGAAAUGUUUCUCUCCCUGGCAUCGCAGACAUACCGCUUAUAAUUUCGGGUGGUAUAAAACAAUCGCCGAGGUACAUGAGUAUGCCAUCAAAGGAUGUGGUAUUUGCCUCCAAUUACUCAGAACCGGCACUUAUAGCUUCUAUCAAGACUCAUUAGAGCUAGUCAAGGGGUUCUGUGGACAGAUGUCCGCUUAUUUAAGCCUCGACAAAGCGUUUUGGACCGUGUCAGCCCGCUUUUACUGUUACGAAGAUCUAUCACAUUAUGGCAUCUCAGUUGACGAGAGGAAAGAGGUGAAAAAGAAAUGGUCUGCCAUAGCUUACCCGUUCUCGUAUUCUUCGCCAGAACACGAGUAUUUGGAGAAGAUUACAGACGAUAGUCGCAUUACAUGUAUAAUGGCUCUUUGCAAGGAAUGGCUUGCAAAAUUCGACCUGGACCAUGAAUGCCGGGAUGUGUCCAAGAUCCAUCCUGAAGCUUUACCAACAAGUCUGGUCAAUAUUGAUGGAGAUGGUGCUCGACUUUGCCCAGACACAUCUCUUAUGCCAACAUCAACGAAUUAUGCAACUCUCAGUCACUGCUGGGGGCUCAAGAAAUUCUUGGCACUCAACAAAUCGAAUAUAUCUGGAUUUUGUGGAUGCAUACCAUUCAACAGCUUGACAAAGACGUUCCGGAAGGCUAUAGUCAUUGCAAGGUCUCUUGGUUUCAAAUAUAUCUGGAUUGAUUCUCUUUGCAUUAUUCAGGACGAUGCCUUGGAUUAG